GACUGUCAGUCAGACAUCCAAACCAGCGGAGGAAAUAGCAGGUGCUCGAUCAGAACCAGCAGCCAUGCAUCACUCCCUGCUCCUCUUGUGCGUCCUGGGACUCCUCGCCCUCUCCUCCGCCUGCUACAUCCAAAACUGCCCCCGAGGAGGGAAAAGGGCGCUUCCGGAGGGCGGGAUCAGACAGUGCAUGUCCUGCGGCCCUGGGGACUGGGGCCGCUGCUUUGGCCCCAGUAUCUGCUGUGGAGAGGGCCUGGGCUGCUUACUGGGCUCUGCAGCUUCAGCUCACUGUGAGGAGGAGAACUACCUGCUCACCCCCUGCCAGGCAGGAGGGAGACCCUGUGGACCUGAGGGAGGGCGUUGUGCCUCCUCAGGACUCUGCUGUAACUCUGAGGGCUGCAUGGUGGACUCUGACUGCCUCAGAGAGACAGAUGCUUCAGAUCCUGCCCAAAGCUCUGCAAGGAGCUCACCCACAGAUCUGCUUCUUCGUCUCCUUCACGUGGCCAGCAGAGGACAGAAUGACUACUGAUGCUACGAGUGUCAAGUUCCCCAGUUGCUCCUGACAACCUGCAGCUACAACAGAUAUUAGGCCUCAAUCAGUGAACUCUGAACCCAGUCAAACUUUGUUCAGUCCUAAACGUCUUUUCUGUGCUCUUAAACAUGUUUUAUGAUUAGACUUGUAUUUAAUAUCCCAGAAGAGACAAACAGCAAAUUUCUUGUUAACCACCACCUUAAGAGGACAUGUACAUACAUGCACAUAAUGUACACAAUUCAAGUCAAAGAAAACACUGUAAAUAAACAAAAGAUCAUAGAGUAAA